AUGGAUAUUAAAAACAAUACGGCUCUAAUUGAAGCCCUGUUAUUAGAAGAGCUUCCGGACUGCGACGAAGCGUCUGAUGCAGGUGUGUCCGAUGAUGAAGUGGAAAAUGUUCAACUACCCUCGCCAAGAGGUUUCGAUGAAAUUUUUGAAAGAGCUAUAGAAGAUGUUUUGGCCGAAGUUCCGCCGUCGUCGCCGUCAAAUGAAGAUGUAUUGGAGUACCCAAUAAAUCAGGUACCCACAUCUUCAUUACCUGCACCUAGUGUUCAGCCUGAUCUACCAUCUGCAAAUAACUCUUCACACCGAACUAACCAGCGAUUACCCGAACCAAACCGUAAAUGGAAAAAGAGGGACCUAAGUACAUCUUUACCGGAAUACAUUGCGGAUACUGGAGUAGUAGACGACUGGUUUGCUCACUGUACCACACCGACUGAUAUAUUUUUAGUAUUGAUUGAUGACAUUGUUGACAAUAUUGUAUACCAAAGUAACCUUUAUGCUACUCAGAAAAGCAAAGUAUUGAACCUAAAAAAAGAGGAACUCCUAACAUUUAUAGGUAUUAAUUUUUUUAUGGGUUACAAUACUCGUCCGGCGUGGAGAGACCACUACUCUUCGGCACCUGAUCUCAACAACGCGCUUAUUUGCAAGACUUUGCCUAGAGACAGGUUCGCUAUUAUUUUAUCUCAUCUGCAUUGCAAUGAUAGCUCCAAAAUGCCUUCAGGCUGCAAAGAUAAAUUAUAUAAAAUUAGACCAAUGAUUGAUGCACUCAAUAAAAAAUUUGAAAUGGUUUAUCAUGGUACUCGCGAACUGAGUGUAGAUGAGUCCAUGAUUAAAUUCAAAGGUAGGUCUGUCCUAAAACAGUAUCUACCUAUGAAGCCCAUAAAAAGGGGGUACAAACUGUGGUGUCUUGCUGACCAGAGGGGGUAUAUAAAGAAGUUUCAAAUUUACCAAGGGAAAGACGAAGAACUGAACACAAAAUUUACCGGCUAUGGAUUAGGAGAGAAAGUAGUUUUGGAGUUAACGGAACAAGAUUGGAGUAAGGGGAAGGUAGUUUACUUUGAUAAUUUUUUCACGUCUGUGGCUUUACUUGAGAAACUGAAAACUGAAAACACCUACGCAUGUGGAACUAUCCGAAGUAACAGAAAAGGACUGCCCGGAAAUAUGCUCGCUGAUUCUCAAUUGAAAAGGGGCGAUAGUGAUCAUCGAUUUUCAAAUUUAGACAUUGGAUAUUGGAAAUGGAAGGAUAAUAAAAUGGUUCAUUUAGUGUCUAAUUUUCACGGGAACGAAGAGGCAACUGUGUCACGUAAAGAAAAAAAUGGAACCAAGUCAGCCAUUACAUGCCCUAUAGCUGUCAAAGAUUACAAUAUGUAUAUGGGCGGCGUAGAUACAGCUGAUCGUUUGAGAGCCCUUUACUGUAUAGAUCGCAAAUCUCCGAAAUGGUGGCACAGAUUGUUUUGGGGUCUUCUGGACAUCGUAUUUGUCAAUGCAUAUGUCAUUCAUGGACUUAUAAUGGAACAGACUACCGUAAAAGAUUUUAGACGUUCUGUUACUCAAGGCUUGAUGACAAUGAAAGAUGCUAGUCAGAAAAGGAAGACUUCUACUGACAAUACUGCAAAAGGCGGCCCUUCCAAAAGACGCAAAUCUGACUACUCCACUAUAAAAGACGUACGCUUAGGUAACAGAGGCAUCCAUUGGCCUACGUUUGUAGAGAACAGGGGAAGGUGUGAGUGUCCUCCGUAUUUUGGUGAAAGUUUUAAGUGCAAAGUCGGAAAAGAAAAAGAGUUAUCCAGAAAAAACCGGGAAUUGGAAAUAUUUGGAAAUAACUCAGGAAAGCGAGCGACGACCUACACUUUUUAUAUCGCCAUAUUACGCACUAAAUCGAAACACAUUUUCCGACACAUCAGGAAGAAUUUUCGGGGAAGAAUCCAGGGAGCUACAGGUAUUUUCCCGAAAACCACGUGGCACGUGGUCUAUGAUCCGGCAACGUGUGGCUGCAUUAGACAUCAUAACCACAUAGCCACCAACAAAACAAAACCAACGACACCUCAAGAUCCUCUGGGAAGUGAUCCUGUGAACAGCUACGGUAUAAGAAAGGACCCAAGGAGCCAAGAGUCUGGGGGUCAUUACCAACGUGGCCUCCAAGUCGAAAAACCUGAGUGGACCAUUUGUCAAGGCAUUAAAAUUGACCACUCAGGAAAUAAAAGAGUCGACAGCGGUUCUGUUAAGCCGCACGAGGACGGACGAGACGAGGGCUCUCGAGGAGGCCAACGCCCGUCUCUCCAAAGAGCUGUCCGUCCUUAG